AUGAAUCAACUCAUUGAGCUGUCGAGAAAGAGUGCUCCCGUUGGUACGCAGAAUGCCAUUGUGAACCUCAUCCAACAGUUAGUGGACAGUGAGAUAGAGUGCGACACCUUCUGCACCCAGCUCAGUGCGAGCCUGAACCGUGACGCGGAGCCCAUGAACAUCGGUCCCUUCAUCAAGGACAAUAUCGCUCUCCUACGUCGGGAAUUGUACAAUGGUGUGUGUACACUGCCAAAUAUCCGACCCCCCUCAUUGGAUGUGGAGGCCUCCCAGUCACAACGUCUCCCCUCGUCCUUACCACAGCCCAUCAUUGCUGGCGUAUCUACAAUGUCCAAUUCUCUUAGUCAACCCAAGUACUGCCACCUCGGUGGUGUUCCAGUCAAACGCAUCAGCGCCCUCGACGACGUAUUCGUCCUCAGCAGUCUGCGUCAGCCGGGCGGGCGAAACCCCGAUUUUUACCUCUCCUACGUCCACCCUCCCUACCACGGCUGCUGUUGGUCAGCCUUUGAUACACACGUCAAAUUUCGUUCAUCCCGUAAUCAGACCGAUUCUCCCAUCCAGUUAUACCACACGAACGCCUCCCUCUAUAAC